AUCGCCGCUUCCCUGACUGGUGACUCGGCCGAGGAAGGAGAGCGGGAGCUUCUACAGCGCCGCUUCCUCCCCCGAAUGAAAGCAAAGCGGAUAAAAUCCCCACCGAGGAAGUCAAAUCGAGAACCCCAUUAGGGUUUUGCAGCGCCGCCGUCGUCAGUAGUUAUCCUUCCUCCUCCUCCUCCACACGCCACCCAUCUCGUCAUCACCCCUUCCUCGUGCUCUGAGAGGAAUCGAACGAUCAGGAUAAGCAGAUGGCUGCGGGCGGCGGGCAGGCGGCGGUGUCGUUCCUAACGAACGUAGCGCGAGCAGCGUUUGGUCUCGGGGUCAGCGCGACGCUGCUGAAUGCGUCCCUGUAUACGGUGGACGGCGGCCAGCGGGCGGUGCUCUUCGACCGCUUCCGCGGCGUGCUCCCGGAGACGGUGGGCGAGGGCACUCACUUUCUCGUCCCCUGGCUGCAGAAACCCUUCAUCUUCGACAUCCGCACUCGUCCCCACACCUUCACCUCCAACUCCGGCACCAAGGACCUGCAGAUGGUCAACCUCACCCUCCGCCUCCUCUCCCGCCCCGACGUCGCCCGCCUCCCCACCAUCUUCACCUCCCUUGGCACCGAGUACGACGAGAAAGUCCUCCCUUCCAUCGGCAACGAGGUCCUUAAAUCUGUCGUUGCGCAGUUCAAUGCCGACCAGCUGCUCACCGAGCGGCCUCACGUCUCUGCCCUCGUCCGCGAUGCCCUCGUCCGCCGCGCCCGCGACUUCCACAUCGUGCUUGAUGACGUGGCCAUCACCCACCUCUCCUACGGUGUCGAGUUCUCCAGCGCCGUUGAGAAGAAGCAGGUGGCUCAGCAGGAAGCCGAGCGAUCCAAAUUCCUGGUCGCCCGUGCAGAGCAGGAGAGGCGCGCUGCCGUCAUCCGCGCCGAGGGUGAGAGCGAGGCUGCAAAGCUCAUCUCUGAUGCUACCGCUACUGCGGGCACUGGUCUCCUCGAGCUCCGCCGCAUCGAGGCUGCUCGCGAGAUCGCCACCACACUCUCCAGGUCGCCCAACAUUGUCUACCUCCCCGGAGGUAACAACAUGCUUCUCGGGAUCAACCCCACCGGCAUGGUACAAGGCCGGUGAAGGUUGUGAUUUGUCUUCCUGUUUUCUCUUCUCCACUCCCCACCCCAGUUUUAGCUUUCCAUGGAACUCGAACUUGCGUCCGAGAAGGUCUCUUGGUUGCAAAGUUAAUGACUUUACUGGUGUAAUGAUGCUUCCUUCUUGGUUUUGGACUUUUCCUCUGCUUCAUUGGGUGAAAAAAAAUGUAAUGCUUAGCUUUGGUAAAAGAUACUUUCUGUUCUA